AUGCUGGUGUUUGUGAAUUUUGGUGGCGGCCGCUACUGGUGGCUGGGGCCCCUGUUCGGCAUCGGGGUUAGCCUGGUGUCAAGCCUGGUGCAGGAGUGGAUCGCAGACCGACGGCGGCGGCAUGAGUGGGAGGCGGAUGAGUACGAGGAUGGAGGUCUGACGUUUGACGCGAUUGACCUUGUGCUCCUGCUGGUGCUGGCUGCGCUCGUCUACAAGGGCGUGCAAAUGGUGCGCCAGCGCGGCGGCCUGCGCGCAAUGCUCCAGCAGCGCCACCAGCAGCAGCAGGCCGCCGCGGCCACAGCCGCGGCGCGCCGCACAGCGCAGCAGCGGCGCCCCGACUUUGACCGCGUCGUCGCUGCGCUGCAGCGGCUGCCGACUGAGGUGGUGGCCACCAAAGACGACCUUGAGCGGGAGAGCGUCCAUGAUUUGAAGCAGCGGCUGAUUAACAUGAACGUCGAGCUGCCGAAAGGCUGCAUGGAGAAGGGCGAUCUGGUGGCCAAGGUGCUGGAGGCGGCCGGCCACGGCAGCGACGGCGAGAGCUGCGUAAUCUGUGCUGAGGAGUACGCGCCCGGCGAUGUCGUGCGCGUGCUGCCGUGCCGCCACAGGAUGCACUUGGAGUGCAUAGACAGGUGGCUGCUGAAGUCGAUCGAGCACAGCGCGCCAAAGGGCUGCCCGCUCUGCAACGACGAGCGGUGGUUGUCAGCGUGA